AUGGCCGAAUCGCUGCAGAAACGCAUCCUCGAUACCCUAGACUCUCAAUCCACUAUAAUAGAUACUCGGCAACUCACGAUCCCAGGCGAAUCCGAACCUGCAUCUUCUCAUGACUCGCAGAUCGCGAUCCUGGGUGCUCUCAACUCCCUUUUGAGUCGAGAUAUGGUCACAUAUGAGACUCAUGAAGUUUUCUCCUAUGGUCUCACUCCCGAAGGUGCGCAAAUAGCAAAGGAAGGAUCACAUGAAGCUCGAGUCUGGUCUGCGCUUCCUGUGAAAGGUCAAGGAAGGCCGGUGUCUCCCGUGGAACUGAAGAAACUAGUCGGGGAUGAGACCGCAAAAGUAGGUCAAGGUAGAGCGUUCAAGAAUGGAUGGAUCGGGAAGGAAGGUGAUGGCUUGGUGAAAGUGCUUGAAUCGAUUAAAGAUACUGCAAAACUAGAGCUUCAAGAAAUAGAGUCAACAGGUAAUCUUAAAGCUGGAGAGAAGGUGUUGGCCGAUCUUCGGAAACGCAAGCUCAUUCUUCAACGAAAGGGUCAAUGGUUCACAGUGCAGAAAGGGUCCAACUUCAGUACAUCUACUGCUAAGCCCGAAACCGACCUCACGGCAGACAUGCUUACAACGGGAACAUGGAAGACAUCAACCUUCAAAAGAUACAACUUCGAUGCCGAGGGCAUCCUUACCUCGGGAGGCACUCUUCAUCCGCUGCUCAAGGUCCGGGAGGAAAUCCGGACCAUUUUCUUGGAAAUGGGUUUUGCAGAAAUGCCUACCUCUACUUUUGUGGAAUCCGCGUUCUGGUGUUUCGAUGCUCUAUUCGUUCCGCAGCAACAUCCUGCACGAGAAUUACAGGACACUUUCUACAUCUCAGAUCCUCCUGUUUCGCUCCCACCAGAAAAGUCGUAUUACGAACGGGUCGCAACCGUACAUGAAAAGGGAGGAUACGGAUCUACAGGUCAUCGAGCUCCUUGGUCGGAAAAAGAGUCCAAAAAACUUCUCCUUCGAACGCAUACGACCGCUUCGUCAGCUCAUAUGCUGUACAAACUUGCAGCUCGUUGCAGAGGCGAGGAACCGGACGACGAUACGAACGAAUUCACGCAUGGUGCAAAGCCUACCACCGCUCAUGGAGAGUCCCAUGCCAAAGGUUAUGACUUCCGUCCCGCAAAACUUUUCAGUAUCGAUAGAGUCUUUCGAAACGAAACUAUGGAUGCCACACAUUUAGCAGAGUUCCACCAGGUUGAGGGCGUCGUUGCUGACCGUAAUCUCACGUUGGCAGAUUUGAUAGGCUUCAUGCGUGUUUUCUUCAAGAAGAUGGGUCUGGAACAAGUUCGAUUCAAACCCGCGUACAACCCGUACACGGAGCCUUCAUUAGAGAUUUUUGCCUUCCAUCCUACGCUACAAAAAUGGGUCGAAGUUGGGAACAGUGGAAUGUUCCGUCCAGAAAUGUUGGAGCCUAUGGGAUUCCCCAAAGACGUACGAGUUCAUGGAUGGGGUAUUGGCCUGGAACGACCAACCAUGAUCAGAUACGGGAUAAACAAUAUAAGGGCAUUAUUAGGUCACAAAGUCUCGAUAGAAAGUGUAGAAAACUCCCCUGCCGUCAUGUUCUAG